CCUUAAUAAACACUUUUAGUAAACUUGUCAACUCCCAUUGCCCCUUUCCUCAAAUCCCUGGUCAGCAACAUGUAUCAGAUUGUGCCUGGAGGUCCUGUGGACCAGGCUACUGCUGUGGGGCCUGUCAGUUCACCGCUAAAAAAGAAGCUUGGUCGAGAUGGUCGUCCCCUGGUGGUGGCGGGUAUGUUUGGAUGUGUGUUAGUACUGGCUGCCGUGGUGUCCUGGUGCUACUACUCAGCCUCCCUCCGCAAAGCCCAGCUGCUGAAGACUGGGCUGUUGGAUCUCAACAAGGAUGGCUUCAUCAUCCGCAACCAGCGUGGAGCCAUCAUCUUCACUAUGGCCUUCAGGUCUGGUACUCUUGAUCUGGAUUCAUGCUCCAAGGAGGACAGCACUCUGAGCUGCGGUCAGUCUGAUUCUGGCAAACUCAACUUCUUCAUCCAGACAGUUCGGCCCAAGGACACUGUGAUGUGUUAUCGUGUUCGCUGGGAGGAACUGGAACAGGAUCGCUUGGUGGAGCAUGCCAUGGCCUAUAAUGAUUCUCAUUGGUACGGCGGGGCGGAAUCAGCCAUACAGCAUUGGCCUGUCAAGGUCCAGGGCGAGGAGGAGCCCCGCCCUUUCACCACGAGUGACGUCUACUCUAAUCGAAAUGGUUUCGGGGGAAUCCUGGAACGUUAUUGGCUGUCGUCAAAUGCGACUGCCAUCAAAAUCAAUGACUCGGUUCCGUUUCAUUUGGGCUGGUCAGAGCAGGACGGGACCUUGAGGUUUCAGGCCCGCUACCAGGACUCACCCUACAGACCACCAGAAGGACAGAAGGCCCUGCCUGAGCUCAGCUACAGAGUGUGUGUUGGGUCUGACAUAACAUCUAUUCAUAAGUAUAUGGUGCGUCGGUAUUUCCCUAAACCUAUAAAGGUCCCUGACCCUGAAGUGUUCAAAUACCCAGUGUGGUCCACCUGGGCUCUCCACAAAACAGCCAUUACCCAGGAGAAGUUACUUGGCUAUGCUUCUGACAUCACCAAGCAUGGCUUCACCUGCUCCCACUUGGAGCUUGAUGACCGCUACACUGCUGACUAUGGGGAAUUUGAAUUUGACCCGCAAAAGUUCCCCAAUGCCAGCGUCAUGUUUGACAAACUGAGGGAGGACGGAUUCAAAGUGUCAUUAUGGACUCAUCCUUUCAUCAAUUACGAUUCUAUUAACUUCGGUGUGGGCGUGGAGAAAGGGUUGUUUGUUCGGGAACCCGACGGUGAGCUGCCUGCUCUGGUUCGAUGGCGGAAUGGCAUCGGCGGGAUCCUGGACUUCACCAACCCAGAAGCCCGGGAAUGGUACUCCUCAUAUUUGUCCAUGCUCAAAUCCCACUAUGACAUCACCUCCUUCAAGUUUGAUGCCGGAGAGACCAGCUACCUCCCUCGGCAGUUUAGCACCCUGGUCCCCCUAACUGACCCCUCUACCUUCACCCGCCGCUACACGGAGAUGGCGAUACCAUUUAACGAGCGUGCAGAGCUGCGGGUGGGCUACCAGAGUCAGAACAUCUCCUGCUUCUUCAGGAUCAUUGACCGAGACUCAGUGUGGGAUUAUGAGCUGGGCCUCAAGUCCAUUAUCCCUACCGUUCUUACUAUCGGCAUACUGGGCUACCAGUUUGUCUUGCCUGAUAUGAUAGGAGGCAACGCAUACCCAAACCGCACCACAGUUGCUUUGGAUAACAAGGAUGGUCUGCCAGACAGAGAAUUAUACAUCCGCUGGUUGGAGCUGUCUGCUUUCAUGCCUGUCAUGCAGUUCUCGAUACCUCCUUGGGCUUAUGACAAUGAGGUAGUGGAGAUAGCAAAGAACUUCACAAAGAUACAUGAGACCCUGGUGGCCCCAAGGGUUCUCGAAUUGGCAGGUGAGGUUGUCGAUACAGGGGACCCAAUAAUAAGGCCCCUGUGGUGGAUUGCUACUGACGACAAGGCAGCCUACAAGAUUGACUCCCAGUUCCUGAUAGGGGAUGACCUGAUGGUGGCUCCAGUGCUGGAGCCGGGGAAGCAGGAGAGAGACAUCUACCUGCCCGCAGGAAGAUGGAGGAGCUACAAGGGGGAACACUUCGAUAAAGGCCCCAUGUAUCUCACUGACUAUCCUGUGGACUUGGACAAAGUGGCGUUUUUCACAUGGGUUCAUUAAAGCUAUUGGAGGCACAGAAAGACAUUCUCUCUCUCUCAAACACACACACACACACACAGACAUAUAGAUUCUAGCGAGCACACAAGCCGUGAUGGGUUUGGGUUUUGUUUCAAGGAUAAAUGACUGUUUGCUGCAACAGCGGAGUGUAAUCAUGACAAUGAUUAACUCUGUGCCUAAUAUUAACCUACGCUUGGACCAGAUGGCUGUUUUUUGGUCUAAUGCUCCUCCCACAGAAUUAGAAUGAAACUCAUGUUCCGAUUCUCUGGUUCCAUCUCUUGCGCUGGUCCUCAUUCUCAUGUGCCUUCCACAAUCAAAAGUAAAACCGAUCUAAGAUUGCAUCAUUAUGACUCUUCAAAAUCUUCACCCCCUGACUAGAACUGAUUUAGGACUGCUUUAUUUUGUCUUUUAAUUUAAUUUCAGGGGAGAUUUAGCCAUUUGACUUUUGGACUAUUUUAUUUUGAUUUGUGCGUGGGUAAAUAUGGGCAAGAUGAGGUAUCUGAUAUGUGUCUUGGUUUGUGGUUUUGUUGAAGAAGUCCAGUGGGAUUCACCGCACCUUUAUUUUGUCCAUCGAUGGGUUCGUCAGUACAAAAAUCCAGGAAGCUUAAAAAUGUGCGAGACCUUCACUCCAGAAAAUCAAUCAAACUUCAUCACACUUACCAAAUUUUUCUUUUCUGCAUUCAUAUUUAUAGUGUAAAUUACAAAUGUUUCGGCCAGCCCAAUGCAUUCUUCAAUGCGAAAACCUUCCACACCAGACACAAGAACUGUGUACAGGUAUGUAUAAUCCAGGUGAGUUCCCCGAGUUCCUUUGUUUGGUGUGGAAGGUUCUUGCACUGGGGGAGGCCUGAGGCUGGCUGAAAUAUCUUGAGAUUUACACUGUGCUAAUAAAUACAGCAAGAAGAAUCCGACUGUGUGAAGAAGUAUGGUUAAUUUGCUGAAGUGUUGGUCUCAUUGCAUUUUAAGCUCCUUGGUUCAUGGUUUGACAUGGUGUUUGGGUACUGAACCGGUAAUAAAUAUGCACUCAGAGUUGGACAGUUGUGCCCUAACUCCAAGGACAUGCCAAACCCAUCUUACCAUGGUGAAUGCUGUAUUACGGGAACAUUUUUGAAGGAUUUUUCUAACUACUGAGCCUUUAUGUCCAAGUGAACCUGUUUUUUUUUUUUGGCAUUUUAGCCUGCACUAUUUUGCAAGAGACAGGCUGAAGCAAAUGGGGGAACACAUGCAGCGAAGGACCCAUGGCCAGAUGUGCUCGUGGGUCUGAGCCUACAUGGUAUGUGCUUAGCUGGCUGAGCCACCAGGAUGCCCUUAAGUCCACAUAUUUAAUCGUUACAUUCUGCGCUUUAUUUAACUCAUUCAUUGUCCAACAUGACAAUUCACUGCUUUCAGAGUCUAUUAACGUUAUUCAUCUCCAUUUCUGGAAUGCACUGGAGCAUCUUUAAAUUCCUGUUUCCCCAUCUUGAUGAAACCUAGAGUAACCACGCCCUGUAGUGCCAGUUUAUUUGUUUCAGUGCCAAAAUCUAUUUUAUUGUGCUUUUCAAUUAGCAUAGGUUGAAGUCACAGCUCAGGGGAGAUUAAAAGGAUCACAUGCAUUUGUUUGCAGGUUUCUUUUAGAUUGGCUCAGUCCUUCCAUAGCAAGGAGCCAGUUCUAUUGCGCAUUGUGUAAGUUAUCACUGAUAAUUUGCUUUGUAAAUCAGGGAUUGUCCUCAAAAAUGCCUCACAUUUACUAUUUGUCCAUGUCUCGUUGAGAAACAUUGUUCUGCCUUGUUCCUUCCUUUUGCCUCUUGCUUCGUCAGCAAAACCGAGGUAGGCUAAUCAGAUGGACAGAAAGUCGACUGAUAAAAAACUAACCUCUGUACUUUGUUGCUUUAUAAAUUGUACCUCUUUGCAAAACACGAGGUUUAUUCCAAGAUGAGAUAAUCAUCUUGCAGAGAGAGAAAAAAAAGAAGUCAUGGCUGCUUUUAGAUAUAAUUGCUGAUGUUAAAGUAAAGCACAUCACAGCCGCCUUUUAAAGUUCUUCUGAAGAGGUUGGUUUGACCACUUGUUCUGCAUUGAUGAAAAACUAACCAAUGAAUUUCCUGCAAUGUCAGACUCUUGUUUCCUCUUCAUACUUUGUUUUUACAUUGCCCCCC